CCCCUUCCUCAGCACAAAUCAACAUGGCGACGAUGGAACGAAUCAGGAAGAGUGGCUCUCUCUGCCUAUUUGUCGUCUCCCUCCAAUUUAUGCUUUUCGGCGGCGUCUUGUCAGCUCCCCCGAACUUAACCUCGACAGAUGCACCUACCAAGAACGCGAGUUUAGACUUGCCAGCGAAACCUCCCCCGAUCACCAUUUCCAAAAGUCCCGCUGGGACGGACACAAAAGAUUUGACGACGCAAGACGAAGCCUUGCAGUCGCCCCACAACGCUACUUCUGACACGGCGCUUGUCCACUCUGACGCUCAGCAGACCAAACCUGUCCAAGCCCUUACCCCCAAAGUCAAUCAGACGAAUUUGAGUCAACCCGUGCCUAAGGACAACAGCGACAAAUCUUUGGUGGUCAUCGAUUCCUCGGAAAACGUCCCCAAGCAAACGCACAAUGAGACUAAAGGUCCCACGCUUCCGGUGGUUAUGUCGUCACCCAGCACUCCUAAACCUCCAGAAACCACCACUGAUUCCAAAAUCCCUGAGCCCACCAAACCCGGUGCAGAGGAGACCACCGCCUUUGAUGCUAAAACCUCCGAGGCGCAGACCGCGACCACCCUGCAGGAGUUGGAGUCAGACCUGCUUCAGCCCGCCGGCAAAGACGAGACGGCUCACGUGGAGUCUGAAGACGACGACGACGACUACGAUGGGGACGAUGACCAGGGGGCCUACGGUGACGGCUUGUAUCCCUUGGAGGCCAACGAGGAUGACGGCAAGGACCCGGACCAGAGGGAGAUCCGACUGGAGACGCCUGACGUCAAGGAAGACGUCAGCUACAAACUACCUGGUGCCUACAACACGGAGGACGAGGACUCGCACUUCUUCUUCCACCUGGUAAUCCUGGCUUUCCUGGUGGCCAUCAUCUACAUCACUUACCACAACAAGAGGAAGAUCUUACUGUUGGUUCAGAGCCGCCGCUGGAAAGAUAGCCUGUGCUCCCGCAACACGGUCGAGUACCACCGGCUGGACCAGAACGUCAACGAGGCCAUGCCGUCCCUGAAGAUGACGCGCGACUACAUCUUCUGAGCCGUCGCGCUCGGAACUCACGGGCCGUGCGCCGUUGUUGGGUUGCCGUGUUUGUCCCCACUCUUUCCCUGUAUAGUAACUUUUAAUUUGAAAUAUAUUUCUUGCACCUUUCCUUUUUUUGGCAUUUCAAUUUUUACAAUGAUGUUUAUCUAAGUUCUCCUGGUCUCCACCUCAUCCCCUUGUAGUUUGGAUUUGUUCCGUGGGAGUUUUAACAUUCCAACAAAUGAAACGAGUUUUACUUUCACACAGGCAUCCCCCCCCCCCCCCACGGUUCUGCACCCUCCCUCCCGCCCCCUACUGGCCAGAUGCUGCCGUGCAGGACUCCUGGUUGGCCGCCUCUUUGUUUUAUGACUUCGGUGAAGUCGCUGUCGAUCACUGGCGUUCACUAAAUAUAAUCUAUUUUUUUCGGCAACACAGAAUGCGCCCAUAUGUAAAUUUGCAGCAAAAUUCGAACAGAGACUCCCUUUGGACAAACUUCUGCCACUAAUAUGCAAAUUUAAAUUAAAAAAAAAUCAAACUAAGUACAAGAUUAUGCAAUUAGUGCUUUCACAAUUUUCUACGUUGAUGUUAAAAAAUAUAAUAAUGCUUUUCAUUUUCUUUUAAAGCACACAUAGAAAUAUAAAUACCACAAAUAUCAAUGUAAAUAAAAAAAACUAAAUACAAAUGAAACAAACAAACUUGAUACUAUUACUUAAAUAAAAUGCAAAAAAAAGAGGUAAGGUAUAUAAUAUUUGUGAAAUCAAUGGGUUCCUCUUCUUCAUUAUGAGAUUAUGUUGUGUAUCAUUUUUACAAAUAUGUUUUCCUGUGAUGGCCGCCUACUAGGUACGCAUGCGAAAUACGAAUCGUUGCCUUCACUAAUCUUUUCUUUUUUGGGGGGUAAUUAAUUUUAUUGUCCAACAAAAAGCAUCUAAUCCACUUUUUUUUUUUUUUUUACUCAUGACAAUGUUUGUUUGAUUUCAUGCUAUUGUUGGCCAUGUUGAUUGUGGCUACUACAACACCCUUUUCGUUGCCUUGUUGCCACACAAUUACUUUCUCGAAAAAUCACCCUUUCAUGGCCUUUUUCUCUUUCUCUAUAUUGUUGAAAAUAUAAAGACACUUUAGUUGAACAGAUGGGCAGAUACUUUUUUUUUUGCACUGCAGAAGAUCAACACUGCUCUUGCAAUCAACUGUAGAAUGACUUGAUUUUGUCAAUAAAGCACAAAUGACGUCA